UCUGAGCAAUGCCCCUUACUACUCCAAGAUGACAACUUGGAACGGUACUACGACAGCUUCUCCGAAGUCCCACAGGAACCUCCCAAGCACAAUGCUCAAAAAGCUGCCACAGCUAGUAGUGUAGAAGAAGAGACAACAAAAAUUUGGGAGCGGUUAAAUAGUCCCUCUCAAACUGCACAAUCCAGCGAAUCGCUCGAGGGAAAUGGUGGGGAAGUUUCGGAGAGUUUGGAUACCACCCUAUCAUCGACGCCUAAUAAUGAGGAGGAAAUCUCGUAUUAUUCGGUGAGAAAACCUUGGAACUUAUAGAUGGGGAUGUUGUUCUAACUAUGUAUGCAGCUUCCAGGGAUUGUGGCACCGGGUGAGGAAGUUGAGAGAAGACAUGAAGUAUCCCGUAUAACUUGGGCAGGUUUAGGGAGACCCUACAAGUCAUUGUAAGUCACACUAUGCCAAAAACGGACUACAUGCUAAUAUGAUGCAACCAUAUAGUCUGAGGUAUUCCAAAAGCAAGCUCAGUAAGACCAGACAAGGGGUGAGAGAGUGGAUACUCGUCGCAUUCGUUGGGUGUCUAGCAGCUCUCAUGGCCUUUAUCAUCGACAACUCCCAAGCAAUACUUUUUGACGUCAAGUAUGGAUUCUGUUCAGGUGACGAUUCCCUACACCAAAGUUCU